CACAGUCGAACUAACAUUGUGUUUUUAUCAGCAAUAAGAAAAGUUCUUCUUUAAUGUUUUGUAGCUGGUAUAUGUGAGUUUCUACAAAGAGAAAUCAUGAACUUCAGACUCUCAUCACUGAUCCUGCUCUUACACAUUCAAGGGUCCCUAACAUUGGAUAACUUUAAUGUAACCUGUGAUAAACUAUAUAUUUGUGAUGCGAGGCGGACAUGGAUGAGUGUGAGGUGCGAUUACUCAAACAUCAACAUCAAAACUGGGUUCUGGUUCAGUCAGAAACAGAGAACAAACUGGAGAAACAAAGAUGAACCUGAAGAUUUGACUUUAGAUUCAGAUUACUCAGGACGAGUGGAUCAGAUGAUCACUGAAGAUCACUCAUAUCUCACAAUAAUAGAUCUGAGAGAGAGAGACAGUGGAGAAUAUCAGCUCAUGUUCAUUAUGAAGGAUGGAGUUAAACAUCUCAGCUCAGUCACAGUCAAUCUAACAGUCACAGUUUUACAGGUAAAGAUGACUCCUGAAUCUACAGGACAGCGAGUAAAACUGAGCUGUGAUUCCUCCUGCCCAAAAACAUCUGAAAAUGAUUACUUCUGGUACAAGAAUGGACAACAUUCAACAUAUAACCAAAACAUAUUUGUGUCAUCCAGUGGAAACACUAACAGUUAUUUCUGCUCUGUGUCUUUUUCAUCACCCUCUUCAUCUGUGUGUCUUUCUAACAGUAGCUGUUGGGGUGUGACUUACACCUCUAGAACAGUUUGUGCUUUAGUGGGAUCAACAGUAAAUAUUCACUCUUCAUACUCACAUCCCACUGGAUAUACAGUAAAUAAAACAUACUGGCAUUAUUAUAAUUUUCUUCAUGGGGAACUUGGAGAUCUGCGUGAGGUUCAACAGUUUGCUGGUCGAGUGGAGUUUGUGGGAAACACACUGAGAAUCAAAGACGUCAACACGAGUGAUUCUGGAGAUUAUCAGUUCAGGUUCAUCACUAACACAUCAGAUGUAGUUUCUGGUUCUCCUGGAGUCACUCUUACUGUUACAGAUACACAAGUGAGAAGCAGCCCAGACCCUGUGAUAGAUGGAGAAAAAGUGAUAUUAGGCUGUUCAACUUAUUGCACUCUGGAUAACAAACAUACUUACAUCUGGUAUAAGAAUGGACAACAGGUAACAGAUGGAUUGAGAUUAUUAAACAAGCUGUACCUGGACUCAAUCAACAGUGAGGAGCUACAAGAGUAUUCCUGUACUGUAAGAGGUAACACAACAUCUCAUCAUACAUCUGACUUUACUGUUACAAUGUAAAAAGUAAACAGUUGAAUCAACUUAAAAAUAACUUCAGUUGGUAACACCUAAAAAGAUAAGUUGUUUCUUAUUGUGAAAUUCAAGUGAAAUUUCAAGUUGAACAAAACUUGUUCAAUCUACAUUACUGAGCUGUGAUUCCUCCUGCCCUUUGACAUCUGAAUAUUAAAGGGAACAGAUUGAGACACAGGGUAUGACCUGAAGACAGGACCAUGACAAUGUAUUGAUCAACGCAACAUGUUACGUAAAGUUAAAUAUGUUUUACUGUGUAAACUUGACGUGAGAGCACUGCUGAGCUUAAUAUUGCAAUACUCAUGAUGAAUAUCCAUGUUUUAAUGAUCUAAAAAUAUUUUAAUGAUCUAAUUCAUGAUUAAUAAUCUUGCCAAAAGCGUGUCAUUGUUGCGGUUAAAUAAAGUUUAAAUAAAGAUACGUGUGCUUGUGUUAUGAUUAUUUAACAUGUUCUUAUGCACUGCGUCCUGUGAAGGACAACUCGCAGGUAUCACACACCGGAUGAAUGUGCACAUUAAAUAGCGCAAGCUUAGUCAGACAGAGUCUACUUCAAAAUGCUACAUUUGCCAACGUCAGCCACGCACUGCCUCUUUGGCUAUAUCUAACAA